AGACCAUUCGUAGUCGUAGACGAGUUUUUCCAAGGGUUCCAUAAAGUAAGGGUGACGGACGUGUGUGCCGCACUGCAAAUUAAUUCAUUAGUGGGAUCUUUAAACCCUUUCAUUAUUAUUGUUUUGUUUGUUUUAGACUUAUCGUUCUCGUUGUUCGACCGUACUUUCCAUACGCAAAAGCGAAUAGGAAAGGUGACCGGAACCGAGUGAAAACUGUGUGCUGCUUUGCUUGGUGUUCGAGCCACGAAGCGCUUAGAUAGUUCGCACUUAUCGAUUUGUCCGGAGUCGAACCGGAAAGAACCCGGCUAAAGAGAAGCAAAGAAAAGGAAAAACUUCCUACGUGUGUGUGUGCGUCUGUGUGUGCGCAAGUUGCAAGUGUGUCCUUGCUGCUUUUCCUGGCAAAGUAAAGGCGACGUGUUGUGUCCACCGUGAAAAUUAAUUCCUUCAGGGGGUGAAAUCCCAACGUGUGUGUUGUUGUGUGCCAACGUCUACCUCCCGGAUCUUCUUGCAGCGGAAGGGAAUUCAAGGAGUUUCAGUAAAAAUGACAUCAUUCUUCAACGUUGGUGCCCUCGGAGGCAACCCAUUUUCGACGCCCGUUGGGCAGAAAAUUGAACAAGCGACAGAUGCUAGUCUGGCCUCGGAGAACUGGGCACUCAACAUGGAAAUCUGUGAUAUGAUCAACGAAUCGUCCGACGGUGCCCGGGACGCAAUGAAAGCGAUUCGCAAGCGACUGACACAAAACGCCGGCAAGAACUAUACCGUCAUCAUGUACACGCUGACGGUGCUGGAAACGUGCGUGAAGAACUGUGGCAAAGCGUUCCACGUGCUGGUCGCAAACAAAGAAUUUAUCCAGGAGCUGGUGAAGCUGAUCGGUCCCAAGAACGAUCCACCGCCGAUCGUGCAGGAGAAGGUGCUGAGCCUGAUUCAGAUCUGGGCCGAUGCGUUUCGUUCCCAGCCCGACCUGAACGGUGUGGUUCAGGUGUAUCAAGAACUGAAGAAUAAAGGCAUCGAAUUUCCGGCGACGGAUCUGGACGCAAUCGCACCGAUUUACACACCGCAAAGGAGUGUCCCCGAUGGUGCUCCAGCACCGGAAACGGUUAACACUCUACCGGUUUCUCCACAUCAUCAUGCCUCACAGACGCCGGGAUCGCCAGCAAUGCCUCCACCGUCAUCGAUGUCGCAAGAUCAAAUCGCUAAACUGCAAUCGGAACUAGAUAUUGUGGCCAUGAACAUGUCCAUUCUCGGGGAGAUGCUUACCGAGCUCAAGCCGGGGCAGGAAGAUGCAACCGAUUACAAACUGUUAAACGAUCUAACUUCUACUUGUCGGGAAAUGCAAAGCCGAAUCGUCGAUCUAAUCGGCAAAGUACAGCACGACGAGCUUACGGCGGAACUGCUACGAUUGAACGACGAGCUAAACAAUCUGUUCCUUCGGCACGCCCGGUACGAGAAAAACCGUGACCCGAAGAAUGCUUCCAGUGCGACACCAUCCGCCAUCCUCGGCGCCGCUCUCGGGGCGGUCGAAAUGCGCGAUCCAUCGUUGAUCGAUCUGAGCGAGGAAACGGGCGCUAGCGGUGGUGGUAGCGCACACGCGAACGUCAGCUCGCAACUAGCUGGACUAAGCCUCGCGGCGGCCGGAUCAACGGCAACCGCAUCGUCACAGCUGGCCCAACUAACGAGCGUCACCGCUCAGUCCGGUUCGGCGAUGGUAGCGAAAUCGCCGAACAGAACAACCACCAAGGCUGGCAGCAACAUUCCACCGGACGUCGUAUCGGACGAGUUCGAUAUGUUUGCCCAAUCACGUAACAACACCACCGGUGAUAAAGAACCUUCCAGAUUAGAUCUUUUGGGGGCGACUGCAGGCAACACAGCUUUGGGCACGAGGGAAUCGGAAUUUGACGAGAUUGAACAGUGGCUGGGAAAUCCGGAUGAUAUUGACCAUCUCGAGGCGCAAAUGGCGGCCGCCGGAGCGAUGGGUGGUGGUGAUGGUGCCGGUACCGGUACCGGCACGGAGGAAAGCUUAACGAGCAAGGAGUUCGAAAAGUUCCUUGCCGAACGGGCGGCCGUUGCUGAAACCUUACCGACGAUCAGUAGCAACAGCAGCAGUAACAGUCCGGCAACCACCGCUAAAGAUCGCAAGAAAAAGACCGACGAAACCGAUGGUCUGCUAGCGCUGUGAGGU